UCUCAGGCUUUCAGAGAGGGCAUUUUCCGAGGAAUCGAAUCAUUGCAAAAUGCACCCGAGUAUUAAGGAAGGCUGACAGAUCUUCGUGCAAACUGCAGUAGGGCCCACGAUCUGAUGAACGAGUACAUGUACGGCUCUCGUGAUUCGGGCGUCAUAUUUCACGGUGAUUUUCGGCUGGACAACAUGAUGUUCAAGUACCAGUCCGACGGGACACCCAUCGAAGUUGUGUUCUUCGACUUCCAGACGAUCUCCAUCGGCUCGCCGGCGAUCGAUAUCUGUCGUUUCAUGAUCUUCGAGGCCCCCACGGAAUUAAGGCGCGCUAGCUGGGAGACUUUUUGGCGUGUUUAUCAUGAUGCACUGGCGAAUCAGAUGAGGGACUACCAAAACGCAAUACCAACCAUCGAGGCUGUUGAAUUGGAUGUACGCAAAAAAGGGAUAUUCGCUUAUUACGUGUACGCACUGGCCUGGCCGAAUUUAUUCAGUGACACAAAGGGCCUCGGCUGCAUUUCAUGCCCAAAGUUUAAGGGCUUAAACGAGCAAGAGGUGCAAGAGACAAUGAAGACCUACAUGCGAAAUAUACGGGAAUGGGGUGGCCCCAAAGUCACCGAGAUGUUGGCGGAGGCAGUUCGGUUUAUGAUCGAUAAAAAUUUCAUUUUUGAGUAUUAA